GGCUUACACGUAUAUUUCAUUCCUAAUUCGUUUGCUUUGAAGUGUGUGGCAACUCUGACGCUAAGCAAAACAAAAACAGAACAGCAAAGAAAUUUAAAAGGUCAUUGUUUAUCCUAAGACGCGGCUAAAUUUAGUAAUUUGUAUUGUUGGAUACGAGAAAAUGGCCUGCCGCGGCUUCUACUUAGUGGCUACAGCACUGCUGCUGGUACUUUUCCAUCAGCAAUCCUGUGACGCAGCCACCCAGGCGCCCCAAAAGUCGGUGGUAAUUGCUGAGCAUAGUGCGCCGGCUGUCCAAGUGGAGGCUAGGAAGCCAGUCGUGAAGAAAUCUCAAGCUGAGAAUACUCCGGCAGGAGCACAGGCUGCUCCGGCUGCCCCAGGUGUCCGGGCCGCUCCACCAGUUCCACCAGGGACCGGUAAGACACCGGAAUCGGCUCAGUCCAUUGGAAGUCUUCAGGUGGAUGAUGUGCAUGUGGAACGGUCUCCCAUGUCCCCCGAUGUGGACUUUCCGGGCCAGGCUGUCGUUUACAUCCUAGUGGGAAUUACCAGUACGGCAAUUCUUCUGCUCAUAAUGAGGGUUUAUAGGCUGCGACUCUCCCGGGCGGAGCGCAAGUACGGCGUGCAAGGCGACCGGGCCAACCAGGAGCUGACACCACUGCCCAUGGCCAUCGAGGACGUGAAUAGUGAUGAAGAGGACCACACCCUGUUCGAGGUCAAUCGUCAGAACAUACGCAUAUUAUGAAAUAGCAAAAACCAGCACACGCCAAAGAUCCAUUUGGUCGCAUCGCCAUUUCAGACACUUCUCAGCAGAACUUGCCUUGUUUCGUAGCUAUUUACUGCUUUGUAGAUUUCCGCUGUAGCUGCCAGCCAAUAGCCGACUAAGCUCACUAAUAACUAAGUUCUCUGCAUUUCUCCUACUCGCAGUUGGUUCAGGUUUAACGAAUCAAAAGGAAAACAAAACCACUUGUGAUAACGAUUACGAUGAUAUGUAUGUCUUUAAGUACGAAGAUGCCGCUGGAGCCCCGAAGGCAUUAAAAAUCUCAAAAGUACCGAUGCUUUCAACUAGCCUCUGCGUCGAUGUUCCAUAUUAAUAAAUGUUAUAUUACAUGUAC